UACUUAUAUAUAUAUAUAUUUUUUUUUUCUAUAUAUAUGAGUUCAAGAGAAAUAUCAAUCACUUUGAUCAGUUACGUUUCAUCGGAGUAUCCAUUCACUUUAAAAGAAACGGAAGCAUAAUGGUACUGAAUAGUACCUUUUCAAAGGUAGAGGAAGCACUGUAUGAUGCAAAUCUAUUAACGAAAUUGGAUUUUAGUCGUUCUAUAACGAAAUUUAGUCCACCAAUAACUGCGAUCAAUACUGGUGAAACAUGGCUUAAAGUGCGACCCUUACAAGUUGGUGAUUAUGAUCGUGGAUUUCUUCAAUUGUUAUCACAGCUGACAAGUGUAGGCAACAUUUCCCGCGAUGAUUUUUUGAGCCGAUUUCAUAAAAUGAAGUACAGCGGUGAUUAUUUCGUGACAGUGAUUGAAGAUACGCGCAUAAACCAGCUAAUUGGAAGUGCUACUCUUGUGAUUGAACACAAAUUCAUCCAUGGUUGCGGCAAUAGAGCUCGAUUGGAAGAUGUUGUCGUGAAUAAUACCUACAGAGGCAAGCAACUGGGUAAAUUGAUUGUAGCAACUGUAACUUUAUUGGCAGAGUUCUUAGGGUGCUAUAAGAUGUCAUUGGAAUGCAAAGACAGUUUGGUUAAAUUCUAUACAUCGAUUGGAUAUGUUCUUGAGGCUGGAAAUGGGAAUUCGAUGCAUAUUCGUUAUGAAUCGCCUACUAAUCAUCCAUCUUGACAAUUAGCCACCAGUGCUACCGCCCAAUCCAAAUCAAAGUUAUAAAUCACAUAUCCACUUUUAUUUCAGUUCAAGAACUUCAAUCAU